GUGUUUUGGACUCUCGCGGAGCCCGUAGUUGUCAGGAGGCGGAGUUGUCUUCUAUUUCAGGGGGAAGAUGGCGGGUGUCGCUAGGUGUUACCGGGUCCCUUGCAGAGUCCUGCUGGCGCCAAGGUCGGGCCAUGGUGUUUCUCCACUGGCACUGCCCAUUCUUCAGCAAGACCGCCAAGUACAUUACGCUGUGAUUCCUCAUGGAAGGAGUGGUCGCUCCUCUGUCAGUGGUAUUGUGGCCACUGUCUUUGGUGCUACAGGAUUUCUUGGUCGAUACCUUGUUAAUCACCUAGGGCGCAUUGGUUCCCAAGUCAUCAUCCCAUAUCGCUGUGAUCCAUAUGACACCAUGCAUCUUCGACCCAUGGGAGAUUUAGGACAGCUCAUUUUUAUGGAAUGGGACUCCCGGGACAAAGAUUCUACCCGAAGAGCUCUUGAACACAGCAAUGUAGUCAUCAAUCUUGUUGGAAGGGAAUGGGAAACAAGAAACUUUAAGUUUGAAGAUGUCUAUGUCAGUAUUCCCAGGCAGAUUGCCCAGCUCUCAAAGGAAGCUGGGAUAGAAAAAUUAAUUCAUAUUUCUCAUCUGAAUGCAGACAUUAACAGUCCAUCCAAAUACCUCAGGAAUAAGGCUAUUGGAGAGAACGUUGUGAGGGAGGAAUUUCCAGAUGUUAUCAUUAUGAAGCCUUCUGAAAUGUUUGGGAGAGAGGACAGAUUUCUCAACUAUUAUGCACACAUGCGCUGGUUUGGUGGUGUGCCACUGAUUGCAUAUGGCAAAAAAACUGUGAAACAGCCUCUCUACGUUGCUGACGCUUCCAAAGCAAUAAUUAAUGCAAUUAGGGACCCUGAUUCAAAAGGGAAAACAUAUGCAUUGACUGGCCCUUACAGAUAUCUCCUCUAUGACAUGGUACAAUAUAUUUAUGGAUUGACCCACAGAUCUUUCUUUCCAUAUCCGUUGCCUCGUCCUCUCUAUCUUUUCCUUGCAAGAUUCUUUGAGAACGCGUUACGUGAUCCCUGGACAUCAAGAGACAAAGUGAUUCGAUUCCACACUACAGACAAGAGGUUCCCUGAUCUUCCUGGGCUGGAGGACUUGGGUAUUGUCCCAACUCCUAUAGAACAGAAAGCUAUUGAAGUUCUGCGACGUCACCGUACUUACCGCUGGUUGGACACUGAACUUGAUGAAACACCACCAGCCAGACCUGUCACAGACAUGUAAUAAUGAUUGACAUUACUGGAGCUUUGGGGCUCAAGUUACAUUGAUAUUUGUGUGAAGAAAUCUGUACAUACCAAGUUAAAUUCCAACAUAAAUCAUGUAACCUUUAUGUCAUGAUUGUUGCUAGUUUUAUUUGCACGUAUGAAGUGAAUGUGAUUCUUCUGUACCUCUUGUAUCACAUGGUUGUUCACUGCUCGAAUGUGUCCUUACUGUUUUUUUAAAAUUCAUAUAUUGAGAGAAUUUGACCUGAUGGUGACUGUGUAAAAAAGAGAUCUUGGGCCUGUGAUGGAAGGCGUGAGUGGCAGCUCACUCUUUAGCUGCUGUAAAAAGGGCAAGUUCUGUUUGGGCCGUAAUUUGAAAAAAAAUCUAAAUUAAAAUGCCAAUAUAA